AUGGAUUCCAACUUCACAAUCAAAGUAAAUCAUACAUGUUCUUUUGUUCCCAAACCGAUUGUGUAUUUCAAUCCAGUAAAAAUGGUUGUUAGCAAUGUCGAUUUCAGAAGCAUGAGUUUCAUGGAGUUCAUCUCGUAUGUGAAGAACUUGGUCAAGGAUGGAAGAAUCAAUGUGUACUUUUGUCUUCCACAACGUUCACUGAGAGAUGGGUUAAGAGUAUUGGAAGAUGAAAAUGAUUAUGUUCGUUUCCUUGAUGCUGGAUAUGAGAAUGGGGGUAUGAUCAAUUUGUACAUUGAUCACAGUUAG